AGGAAAGAAAUUUACACCUUGCAUUCAGACGUGUACUAGUUAGGUACACGUCACUACGUACGUGCGUGCUAUGUCAUCGCCGCCGGUGCACUUCCUUCAUCCGGGUAGAAGAUUUGUUGGUGCAUCUUCUGAGAAUUCAUCACUCGGAAGUUAGCCAUGAUGCUCGGUGGCCGUGGGCUCAGUGUGCGCGUGCUGGUGCAGAUGUUGUGUGCACAGCUGCUCUGGGGUCGUGUGUGGGGCUCCGAGCUCACCUUCGAGUUGCUUGAUAACGCAAAGCAGUGUUUCUACGAGGACAUCACCAUCGGGACUAAGUGCACCCUAGAGUUUCAGGUUGUGACCGGGGGCCACUACGAUGUUGACUGUCGUCUGGAGGAUCCGGAAGGUACAGUUCUGUACAAAGAGAUGAAGAAGCAGUAUGACAGUUUCACAUUCACCGCCGCAAAAAAUGGAACGUACAAGUUCUGCUUCAGCAACGAGUUUUCCACCUUCACACACAAGACCGUCUACUUUGACUUCCAAGUCGGUGAUGAUCCUCCUCUGUUCCCAAACGAAAACCGAGUGACUGCAUUAACGCAAAUGGAAUCUGCCUGCGUCUCCAUCCAUGAAGCCCUGAAGUCUGUGAUCGAUUACCAGACUCAUUUCCGGCUGAGGGAGGCGCAGGGACGCAGCAGAGCAGAGGACCUGAACACCAGGGUGGCCUUCUGGUCCAUCGGAGAGGCAUUUAUCCUCCUGGUGGUCAGCAUCAGCCAGGUCGUGCUGCUCAGGAGCUUCUUUUCAGACAAGAAAACCACAACAACCCGUGUUGGAUCCUAACAUCUCCAAGUUAUUAUUAUUUUUGAUCUCACGCACACACACACACACACACACACACAAGGGACUAAAGGCUGCUGCCAUGGUUCAUUCUCCAAUUUUAGAACUGCAUACCUAAUGUUUAUUUAAAGAUGUAUCUGUUUGGCUUUACAUCUUUUAGGCUCAUGAAUGGAUUAACAUUCAUAUCCAUCAAACGAUAUUUUCACUGCUAAGAAGCAAACCUCUUAAUUUAUUGUGUGGGUGUGUGUUUAAUUUUUUACAUUGCUUUCUUUAAUUUUUCGAGGGCUGGGCGGAGCUACUUAACACACACUUAGCUCCACAGAUCUGUUAAUUGUGGUGCUUAGACUUUAGGAUUGAGUUGAGUAUCAUAAAAUACUUUCAGAAACACCUUGGGAUAACACUUAUUCAGAACAGAGUUCAUUUUCAUUUCAGUUUAGUACUUUAUAUUUGGUUGCUAGUGUUAAAUUUUUGGUGUGUUUUUUUUUUAAUUAGUUGAUUUUUGAUGUAAAGUCCUGCUGGCUGGUGCUCUGCUGUUACAUUCUUUAAAGAGGCUUACUUUGAACAGCUAUAUUUCUGUGUUAUAAUUAGCAGGUCUUAAAAUCCAUGAACAUCACAUUAAAGAUGAAAUGAAUAAGCACUGACUUAAAUGAGAAGUAAUGUAGGAAGUGAUGUAGGAAGCAAGAAUUAAAAAAAUACACCGAUGUACAUAAAUAAAUGAAAGACAUAAUGGUGGCUAUUGAUUCUAUUUGUUCAUGUAACCUUCACUGAGUAUACACUCCAGACGGUUUGAUAUCGAGUUUUAGCAGAACGUUAUUAGGUUUCUGACUGUGUAAUGCACAGUUUAGGAGUAUCCACUGAUCUGCAGUUUCAAACAAACCUGUCAUCAGGCAGCAGUCAAGUGUGUUUGGAGCACUGAAAGCUUGAAACUGCAGGCUAGUUGUUCACAUUGACUGUAAUGAAGGUCAGAGAUUCCAACCCUGUGGCUGGAGAACUUGAUUUGUGAGACAGUAAUUCAUCCACUAAAAAUAAUAGCUGUAUACUUCACUAUGAUUUCGUCAAAUGCAUCCAUCCAUCCAUCGGGUCAACAAAAGUCAAAGCACCAGCUGGUUUUAGAAAGGGUGGUUGUAUUUAGCUUGUACGGAAACAUGUAUGUUGAUGUACUUAAUACUUCGUUAUUUUGUGGUGAAAAAUAUAGAUUAUAUUGAUUUAUGAUUUAGUUAAAAUAAAAAUGAUCUCCCCCAGAAUUUCUGCUGGGUUGAGUGUGGGUUAAGUAGCAGAUUUCAAUAUUUUGAUAUGGUUGUGUAAAGCAUCAUGUUCACAGUUUUUUUUUUUUUUUUUUUUUUUAAAUUAAGCUGGUUUCACAUGAACCAUAUUAUGUGUGCUAGCCUUGCCAUGGGUUUUCUUUUUAUUUUCUUCUAUUUUUUUUUUCCAUUUUCACUGUACAUUUGUUUUUCUUCAGUAAUCAAAUUAUAUACGGAUUUGUUCAGAGUUAAAAAUUGCCCUUGUAUGAUUUUAUUACAUCCAGAGGGAAAAUGUGUGAGAGCUGGUGUACACAAUCAAUAAACCUGAAACAUAUUCUCAUGUA